UAGAGGUGAGUGGUGCAGAUGAACCCCUGAAGAAUUUCAGUUUUUUUAAAAAAUAACAGCAGAAAAAUUUGAAGAGAUUUUCUGUUCCUUUUCAAUGGCGAUGUUAAUUCAAAACUUGGCACCGCCAUUUGCAUGCCGGCGUUCACUUUAUACGUCGUCGUUUCUGCUCCCUAUCACAAUUUUCCCGGGAAAAUACCGAAAUGUACGGAAGAAAUUGAGGGUUUGCAGAGCUAUGACUGAGCAGACGCCGGCAGAAGGACCUUCUUCUCCUUUUGUUAAAGAAAUUCAAAGACUUUCAGCUAAAGAAUCUCUACUUCUUGCUUUGAAAGAUGCUGGAGGUUUUGAGGCAGUGAUCACUGGGAAGACGAAAGAUGUUCAGCGCAUUGAUGUGAACGAGAGGAUCAUUGCCCUUGAGAGGCUUAAUCCGACACCACGACCCACAACGUCUCCCUUUUUGGAAGGUCUAUGGAAUUUCGAGUGGUUUGGAACUGCAAGCCCGGUGUUCUUGGCUACCAGGCUUUUAUUUGGGAGAAUUCCAUCGACAUUGGCAAAUUUAUCAAAAUUAGAUCUGCUAAUCAGAAAUGGAUAUGGGACUGCUAUUGCUCAUGUGAAACUAUUGAACACGAUCGAAAAUAAGUUUGUUCUCUCCAGCAAGUUUUCUGUUGAGGGAGCUUUUCGGAUGAAAGAGGAAUAUGUUGAAGGGAUAUUUGAAACUCCAAAGGUAGACGAGGAUAUCGUGCCUGAGCAACUAAAGGGUGCUUUGGAUCAAGCUGUUAACACUCUCCAACAACUUCCUGUUCCCAUCAGAAACACUGUGUCCCGUGGCUUGAAAAUUCCUCUUGGCGAAGCGUUUCAAAGACUUAUUAUAAUUUCCUACCUUGAUGAAGAGAUACUGAUAGCAAGGAACACUGCUGGAGAACCCGAGGUCCUAACAAGGUUGGAUCCGGUCCUUGAUCCUGAACCAUUAUCGGAUUAUGAGAGCUGAGGAGCUCAACUUUCUCCGAAAAAACCUGGUCAUUUCUCUCAUCACCCUCAGCUGCUGUAUUCAAACAUCUACAUAAUGUUGUUAUUACAUCUUUUUCACUAAGUAUUGUAUAGAUUGAAUGUCAAGAUGAUGAGCAUUGAACGCGAUGCUAUAAAGAUGGUUGUUGUUAUAGAGAAAUAAAAUAUCGAUUCUGAGAAAA